GCCGCAGUGGCGCGGACCGGCGCAGGCCGCGCUCUCUAUGCUCCGGGAGGACCGAGCGGCCAGGCUGUUGCCAUGGCUUCCUAGUCCCGCCGCGGGAGGGAGGCGGCCCCGCCAGGCGCUCGCUAGCUUCGGCAACUAAGCCGACCGGGAAGCGGAAGGAAUCCGGCGCGGUGGGUCCCGGACCCCGGGGCGGAGCGCGGGGGCGCCCGGAACCCCGGAAGGCGGCGGGGAGCGGGGGAAGCGCUUCCUUCCCGAUUUGCGGAGUAGAUUCCAUCUCCCCACGCCCACCCCCACUGCUCCCUGACAGCCCUCGGUGUGGAAGAAUGGCCGUGAGCCACUCAGUGAAGGAGCGGACCAUCUCUGAGAACAGCCUGAUUAUCCUGCUGCAGGGCCUCCAGGGCCAGGUGACCACUGUGGACCUGCGCGACGAGAGCGUGGCCCGCGGACGCAUAGACAACGUGGACGCUUUCAUGAACAUCCGCCUGGCCAAUGUCACCUACACGGACCGCUGGGGGCAUCAGGUCGAGCUGGAUGACCUCUUCGUGACAGGCCGUAACGUCCGUUACGUGCACAUCCCGGAUGAUGUGAACAUCACGGCGACCAUUGAGCAACAGCUGCAGGCCAUCCACCGGGUGCGCAACUUCGGCGGCAAGGGCCAAGGCCGGCGGGAAUUUCCCUCCAAAAAGUAUAAAUGAGCCGGCUCGACAGCAAGCCCCCGUCCCCACUCAAGUUCCCCCGGGGUUCUGCCGAGCCAACCGCCUGCGCCGCCUCCCUGCCCAGAGCCCAGAGAGCGUGCGGGGCCAGCCCAGAAACGGGUGUCUCUGAGAGACACCCCUGUCACAGCUGCCUUUCGCAGGGUCCCAUCUCCUAGGCCCCCCCUGGGAUCCUGUCUCUCUGCCUGUGGCCUUGAGGCAGGGGACAUUGAUCACCUUGUGAUGAUUUGCAUCAGAAUCUGAUUUACUGAUUUAGGGAAUCUGCCAAGUAGUUUCCAACCCUCUCCCAGUGAGAGUUACCAAGUGUACUUAGCCUGGGCCACCCCUCAGUGUUGCGGUUUCCCACAGUUGUUUUUCUUUCUCAUAAAACUUGGAUGCAAACAAGCCCAUGCCGCGUGCUUCCUCUGACAUGUGCUGGGCUCCGUCUUGUCCUGCCUAGUAGGGCAGUGGCGCUCACACUUGCAACAGAUUGCAAUCACCUGUCCCACCAUCAGUUCAGAUUUCAUUGAUAUGGGGUGUAGCUUCUGAGGUGAUACUAAUAAGCAGCAGGUUUUGAGAAUUGUAGGCAAGUGCUUCAGUCUGGCCGCAUGGAAGGUGGCUUUUUCGGUGCAGAUUCCCUGUUGAGGAGGUUGUUCGUCUCAUUGCUCUUUCCUGAGGUAGAGAGGUUGAGGGAAUCCUGGGCCCUCCCCUCAAGUGUGGCAGCUCAGCCAACAGCAAGAGAUCAGGCUCCAGUUCUGAGAGUUUUGGGGUCCUCAGGGAAGAAGGGGUGCUCAGGGGUAGAACCCAAGUCUUUGUGGUAGCUGCCUCGUGGCCACACCAGCAUGACCACAGGCAAACGACCAUCUCAAUAAAAGCGGCUGUGUCCUCAUCACAUCUCCACAGAGCAGCUGCCGUGUGCCAGGCCCUCUGCUGAGCACACAUUGUCGAAUAAGAUUUGGUCCCUUCCAAAGAGGGGCUUACAAUCUAGUGGAGGAGGUGGUCCAGAACCACGAGAUGAAAUCCAGCCUGAGAACCUGCUGCACUAGAGUCCUGAGUAAGGCAGGGCCUUUGGCCUCAAGAUGCUUUCAUUUCUUGAGGGGGACUUGAGAGGAGCGUUCACUUGGGCACUAGCAGCCCGAGGGCCCUGCAUUCACGUUCUCGCCCAACGUGAAUCAAAGUGUCGUCCUUGGACCGCCUCAUCAGAACCAACUGGGAUGUGUCUGGAAAAGCCAGUUUCCUGGCUCCAAUCUGGAACCCAGGGAUCUGCCUCAGUAACAUCCACACAGCCACCCACCAUGAUUCUUCUGAAUACUGUGUAUUUCAUUGCCUGGAGGUCCCAGAAGUCCCCAAGACUUGACCUUUGCCUUCGGGAGAGAACAGUGGGUCCUAGCAGGGAGAAAACAACUGUUUCCAGGCCCCGCUGGCGGCUAGAGUUAAGGGGAGCGAUGCCACAGGGUGACUGCUGCUAAGAGAAACCAGAGGGCAGGCACGGAAGGGAGGCCCUCGCUGUGGAAAUGUCUGUGUACUUGCGGGAAGCGGGGGAGCCACCCCAUCUGGAGUAAUGAACUGGCAGGGAGUCCCACAGCGGCCCCCAUUGCAGACGUUUCCCACGUGUCUGCAAAUGUUUCCAAACUUGAAGAGGGCUCAUGCUAGGAGUGUGGCCUGGAGAUGAAGGAGAAGUCCAGCUCUUUUAAAGGGUGUGCCGGGACUUCUGCAACCUCGGCAGAGCAAGGAGGAGCCCCCAGGCCGGGGAGGGACGUGGGAAGGACGGUUGAGAAGAGGGGCUCGGGCCGAAGCCCUGUGUCCUCUUUCCAGAAGCAUCGUGCGCCAGACCCCGAUGGGCCCUCCGUCGUCCCCAGAUGAGGUGCUGGAAGGAUAGACCAGAAGGAGGGGAAAUGGGCCUGCUGAGACACGCUCGUGCUGAGCCCCUGGGAUAGAGCACAGCGAAGUCUUUAAGCCCCGAGGCUAUGGGUCUCCCGGCAUCUGGUCCCGGGUUGUCGGGGGGAAGGCUGCCAGAGGCCCAGGAAGGCUGGAGGGAGGGAGGUCAGUGCCCACUGGCCGGUGGCAAGCCGAAUUCCCUAACUGCUGCCCACCCUUCGUGCCACAGGUAUCGCUAGUGACAGUGCUAACUGCUGAGGGAACAUCAAGACAGACAAGGGUCCUGCCCUCAGGAAGCUGACAUUCUAGACGGGGAGACUGACAAUAAAAAAAGUAAAAAUUC